AUGCUCAAGGCUAUCAGCCUUUCUAACGUGACUAAUCGCAGAAUCAGUAUUUGGAACAUUAAUGAUUUAAUAGCCUGGUUAAAAUCCAAUCCCCCCGAUCUGGACAGUAUGUUCCAGGUUUCACGGCAUCUCGCCAUUUUACUUCUUCUUGCAUCAGGCAGACGUAUCCACGAUUUAACCCUGCUAGCCAUUAGUGGCUCCUAUUUCCAGGAUUUUGGCUCAUGGAUGGUUUUCUGGCCUAAGUUCGGUUCUAAGACGGACAGGUCUUCGUACAGGCAAUCGGGAUGGAAGAUCUCAGAGAAUGAUGAUAAAUCGGUGGAUAUAAUCAAGUGGAUACGAAUUUUGAUAUCUCUUUCCGAGGAAAGGCGACAUGGCGCGCCGGAUUUGGAUAGUCCUGUUCAUAUCAUCUAG